UGACAAUCAUUUUCGUGGAUAAUGUUCAAUUAUCAAAAACGACAUGUCCCAAUCAGGUUAGAAAAUGAUUGUAAUAUUAUUCAAGUCGCGUGUAAACCAAAUUUCAGACGAAUGUGAAAAACUAAAGUGCACACGCGAUUUCGCGUCCUAUGAUCAAUAAUAAUCGACAGGACAAAUAUCAAAAUCCAAAUGCCUCUGAUUUCGAGGCAUUGUCCUCAUAUCACCAAUCGUGGUGAUCUCGCAUUUAUUGAGAUUAUCGUGUCACAAAAGGAGAAGUUUAAAAAAUGUAGUGAAUGUGAUACGGAUGGGCCUAAUUUAUGGUUAUGCUUAUUUCCUGAUUGUCGUUGGGUCGGAUGUGCUGAAACACAUUUGGAUCAUAGUAUUGUACACAACCAAAAAUUUCCUAAUCAUUGUGCUCAUAUGAAUCUUUCUACAAAUCGUAUAUGGUGUUACUCUUGUAAAAAAGAAGUUAUAACUAGGCAUGUACCGUCACCACCAGUGUCACCUACUCAAGUGGACAUAAAAGCACAAAAUAACAAGUUUGCUGGUGAUGCACCUAUUAACAUAGAUUGUAAAACAGAUGAUCUUAAUCGACUUAUACUGGAUAAGUUCUAUGGUGAGCUUAUAAAUAGAGUGAACUAUGAAAAAGAUGGAUUAUUUAAUGAAAAGUCUGGUGAUUCCCCAGACAGUACAGACUCGGAUGAGAGCAAAGACUUUUCUGGAAAGCCAAGGGGUCUGGUUGGUCUUCAAAACAUUGGUAAUACAUGUUAUAUGAAUGCAGCACUUCAAGCUUUAUCAAAUGUACCUCCUUUGACACAAUUCUUUUUGGAUUGUGCUCAUAUGGUUAGCUAUAUGUCCAAAGAUAGAAAGCCUGGUUUAAGCUUAAGCUAUUUAAACCUUAUUCGAGACAUGUGGAAUAGGAAAACAAGAGGAUAUGUUGUACCACAUGGAAUAUUAUCUGGUAUUCGAACAGUUCAUCCAAUGUUCAGAGGAUAUCAUCAACAUGAUACUCAAGAAUUCUUGAGGUGUUUUAUGGAUCAGUUACAUGAAGAGUUAAAAGAACAUAUUGAAGAUGACCGUGAUAAUGUGUUAAGAUUAAAGGGACUAGGAGAACAAUCUUCAGACGAAGAUGAAACUGAAAUUGAUGGGAAUGGUUCUAGCCAGUCAGAUGCUGAGUAUGAAACUUGUGAUUCUGGAGUAAGUGAACAAAGUUCUCUUAGUGAUGAAGGUGAACGUGGUACAAAAAGAAGAUAUUCUAGAGUAUCUCAGUCAGAGAAAUUAAGAAGUAAAUUUACAAAUAGAAGUAUCAAAAAAUCAACUGUAGAGCAAUCAUUUUCUCAGCCACAAAGAUCAACACAAAACUCACCUGUGAAGUACAGGACUAAGAAACAAAUGAAAACAAGAAGUAUCAUCAGUGAUAUAUUUGAUGGUAAACUUUUAAGUAGCGUACAAUGUCUAACUUGUGAUAGAAUUUCAACAAGAGUAGAAACUUUUCAAGAUUUAUCAUUACCCAUUCCAAGUAGAGAUCAUAUUGAUAUGUUACAUCAAGGACCUCUAACUCCACAAAAGGCAGGACCAUGUUCAGAUGUUGUGUAUGUAACUAAUCAGUCUGGAUGGCUGUCAUGGUUCUUACAAUGGAUGCGUUCUUGGUUUUGGGGACCAGUUGUUAGUCUUCAUGACUGUCUUUCUGCAUUUUUUAGUGCAGAUGAACUUAAAGGAGACAAUAUGUAUAGUUGUGAAAAGUGUAACAAAUUGCGUAAUGGAAUUAAAUUUUCAAAAGUUUUAGAACUACCUGAGAUACUAUGUGUCCAUUUAAAGAGGUUUCGUCAUGAAUUAAUGUUUAGUUCAAAAAUAGCAAAUUAUGUUUCAUUUCCAUUAGAAGGAUUAGAUAUGCGACCAUAUUUGCACAAAGAAUGUGUAUCAAAAGUAACUAUGUAUGAUUUAAUAUCAGUUAUUUGUCAUCAUGGAACAGCUGGUGGUGGUCAUUAUACCUGUUAUGCAUUAAAUCCUAUUGUGAAUAAAUGGUUUGAAUUUGAUGAUCAAUGUGUCACAGAAGUCUCACCAGAAACUGUAAAGCAUUGUGAAGCUUAUGUGUUAUUUUAUAAAAAGUGGUCACCAGAAAUGUUGCAGUUACGCGAUAAAACUAUGGAAUUGAUGGAAAUUUCAUCCAGAGAAUUAUCUGAUUUGAACUUUUUUGUAUCGCGACAAUGGAUAAAUCGUUUUAAUACAUUUUCGGAACCAGGACUUAUAGAUAAUUCUGAUUUUCUUUGUCCACACGGUGGUGUUAAUCCUGUUAGAGCACAAUUUGUAGAUAAACUUAGUAUGCCUAUUCCACAAGCAGUUUGGGAAUAUUUAUAUAAUACGUUUGGAGGAGGUCCAGCAUGUACACAUUUAUAUGAAUGUCCAAUUUGUGAAGAAAAAUAUGAAUCAUUACAGAAAAGAAGACAAUAUGAGAUGGAAGUAUUUCAACAACUGAAUCAUAAUACUGAUAAUCCUACUGCUAUAUAUGGAUUGGCUAUGGCUUGGUUACGUCAAUGGCAAAGUUUUGUAAGGGGUAAAGAGACUCAGCCACCUGGACCAAUUGACAACAAUUCCAUUAUAAUAAAUAAAAAUGGUCAGAAUAUUCUUAAAGUUGGUUCAGAUUAUGGGCAAAUACCAGAAGAACUCUGGCAAUUCUUUUUAACUACAUAUGGUGGAGGACCAGAAUUAAUGUUGCAUUCAUGUCAAAGACCUGUCUCUGCUCAGUCUAAUAUAUCAUUACAUUCCACUUCAAACUCAAAUCUAGAUCAGAAUUUUAAAUCCAGUCGUAUAGAAGUUAAAUCUAAUAAACUCUGUAUGACUAGGAGUUCUGAAACAAUUUCACAACCAGAUAGUGCUAUUGAAAGUUUAACAUCAGAUACUGAUUCACAUCAAACACAAAGGGAUGUCAGUGAGUAAAUUAAUUACUUCAACAUCCUAUUAAUAUAUACAUAAAUUAAUACUUCGACAUGAACAUUAAACUUAUAAUUGAUAUCCUCAUAUUAAAGAAUCAAUUUCUAAUUGUCAUGUCUUAAUUGUGUUAUAGAUUAUUGUUAGAUCUGUAAAACAAAAAUAUCUUCUUCAAUGAAACUAUUUGCAUAGUACUAUCUGUAUAAUAUUUGAACAUUGUGGAAUAUUAUAUUAUAAAAAUUCUAAAAAAUAUCUGUAUAUCUCAUGGCAUUUGCUUGUGUGUUUUCACUAUGUUCAAUUUAAUGUAAAUUUGUGGGUACUAAAUGUAAUUGGUGGGUAAUUAGUUAGUACAAAAUUUAGUAUCUACGACUGUAUUAUUUAAAGACAAAUAUUUAGCUGUAUUCUCUUAGCCUAAGCUGGUAACAUAUUAUUAGUUCUCCGACUUUGGUGUUAAAUUUAACACUUUUCCCCUUUGUAUAUUUAUUAUAAUAUCUGUGUGUCAUUCCUGCAUAUACAAAAUAUCCAAAAUUACAUAUUUUCUGGUUUAUAUGUAUUCAUUAAAAAAAUGUAUACAUUACAUACAUAUAAGUGGAAGACUGAAAAAUAAAUCGAUUUAAUCUAGCAGAAAUUUUUAGUUAACGCUGAUAAAAUAUAUCAAACUUAAUUUAAAAUCACAACAGAACUUUACAGAAUAAUAGUAACACAAUAUACAAAGCUUUGUACCGUAGGAAACUAGUAAAAAAUUUCAAACUUCUGCUAUAGUCAUUUUUAUUGCAAUUAAGUUGUAAAUUCAUUGAUAUGUAUAUCUUUAGAAUAGAAUUUGGAAACACUUUUGUUGUGAUCUCACGGCCUUGUAUUGUUGUCGGAAUUAUUAAAUCCAAUGAUUAGCGUUUAUUUUGUAUACAAUUUAUUAUAAUGAAGUAUUUAUGUUGUAUGCAUAAAACGCUCGUUUGGAUGUUGUUAUAAUUUGAAUUAUAAAACGCAGGGACACAAAUGAUUGUAAAGUUAAUACUAAUUAAUUAUUAAUUAUCAUUACGAAAAGUAACAUAUUUAAGAUAAAUAAUAAACAAGUUGAUUUCUUUAUUUAUUAAAAACAAUUGUUUUUCUGUUUCAAUACCUUUAAGAUUGUAUCAUAUUAAAUAGUAAAAUUUCAUCUUAUUAUAUAACUACAUAUAAAAUAAUGAAAUCUUUGUUAAUCUCAAAUGUCAUCUACAUUUUUUUUACUAUAUUAAAUUUAAUUAAUUAAAUUUUAUAAUAUUAAUUUAUGAGUAAAAAAUAAUUAUUUUGAAUUUUAACUUGUAAUAUUUAUAACAUUAAUAUCUUACUUUGAAGUAGAUUGCAAUUAAAAUUUUUUCAACAUACCAGUAUAUAAAAGUAUCUUUUAUAGAGAAUAAAAGAUGCAUUAAUUGGUGUCUAAAAAAAUAUAGGAUUUCGAACCGACACAUAGAGUGCUUAAAUUACUUCUCCUUCGAAAUAUAAGAAAAUUCAUUUGACAUUUUUUCGAAUAAUGAAUAGUUUAGAAGAUAAUUCCACUUAUAGAUUAAAACUAGUCACUUUAUAUAUAUAUAUAAUAUAUAUAUAAUAUUAUUUAUAUUUUUUAUUUCAAAGUUAAGGAAAAAAUUAAAUUAUAA